AGGCGCCGUAUUCACUCCUCUAGCUAGCUGUUCAUGCAGAAUGGUGCCUCCACUGUGUAGUCUGUGUUUGUUCGUUGUUUUUGGCUGAAGGUAUUUGGCAUUUGUCUGGUUUGAUGUUCCGUGCAGCGAAUUUAAAAGCCAUCGGUAAAGCGGGAACCAGCUGGCACUUUUGCCGGAACAUGGACGAGCUGGUCCAUGACCUGGUGUCUGCCCUCGAGGAGAGCUCAGAGCAGGCGGCCCGGGGCUUUGGUGACGGCGGGGACCACGCGCUGGCCGUGGGCUGUCUGCUGAAGAGGCAGUCCCGCAAGCGCCGCGGCCGGAAGCGGCGCUCCGACAACCCCCACCCACCCUGGGAGGCGGGCCACCUCAGUGAGGGCUCUGAGUCCAGUGGAGAGGAGCACAAGGACUACCGCGCGUGUGCCGGUGGCGUCUCCGGCGCAAACAGCCACGCCCGGGACAACAGCGACUCUGACGAGCAGCUGGGCCCCAAGCGCCGCACCCCGCUCGCGGCCGACCCCGGCCGGGGCAAGCGGCCCCUCUGGCAGGACGACCUGGGCCUCCUGGGGUCCGCCGAGGGCACCCACAGCCUCAGGCGCCGCCGCAAGGUCAAACGCAUGGCGGUGGACCCCCCCCCAGACCCGGGCGGCACCACCACCACCUCCUCCUCCUCUGCCGCCAUGCUGGGGCCCCCGCCCGUCCCCAGGGCCCCGCCCGCCCCAGGGUGCAGGCUGCCCGGGGCGGGCCCAGAGACGGCGGGGGGCAGGGGCCUCGCGGAGCGCUGUGGGGGGGUUGGAGGUGGUGGAGGAGGAGGGGCCAAGAGCCGAGUGAAGAAGAGGAAGCUGGCGGCCCACAGGCCCGGGGCGGAGGCGGCGGACGAAGGGGUGGUGGUGGAGAGCGAGGACGCGGCCACGACCCCCACGGGGGGGUCCAAGGACAGGAUGGAGCUGGAGGAGCCCAAGGACUCGGACGAGGAAAUGAGUGACAGGUGCGAGACGAGCAGCGUGAGCAACAGCAGUGACGGGGGACUCUACACCAACGACGAGGGUCGUCAAGCCGACGACGAGCAGAGCGACUGGUUCUACGACACGGAGCCCCCCGCGCUGCCGGGCUCCGGGGGUGCGUGCGGCGUGGCCGGGGUGGUGCCCUGGUGGGAGAGGGAGGAGGCGGAGCCGGAGGAGCUGGAGAUGGAGGACCCCGUGUUCAACAGCAUCCUCAACGGCUCGUUCCCCCUCAUGUCCGCCACCUCGCAGAGAGGCUUCCACGCCAGACUGGGCCGGAUGCACCAGAACAGGGUCGACUUGGGGCUGCCUCAUCCCGCCAGACGACAAGCCAAGGACGAGUGA